UGGCCUUCGAACUCUGGCAGGAGCGUCAUGAUCCGCUUUUAAACCACGUCAGAACCUCACAAGACUUUCAAGGGCUUCUGCAAGAUUCCUGCCCAGCCCAUAUAAACCCCGGCGAGCGUCUCCGAGAGCCAAAGCUUCCUCCGAGUCUAAAGUCAUGAGAGGUUCAUCGUACUCACAGAAGAGCCUGAGCGUCAGCGGCUCCAGCCGGAUGAGGGUCCAGAGCCCGUCUCCGUCCCGAUGCCGUGGACGCUCGGGAUUCCAGGCCCAGCCGGUGGAAGUGGCCACCGAGAUCCACCAGCACCACGCCGACGAGAAGCAGGAGAUGCAGGAGCUGAACGUGCGCUUCGCCGGAUACAUCCAGAAGGUCCAGGCGCUGGAGCAGAGGAACAGCGCUCUGAGAGCCGAGCUGGAGGCCCUUCAGGGACGCUUCAAGGGAGGGCCCACCGGCCUCGGAGACGAGUACCAGCUCAAGUUUAAAGAGAUAAGGGACCUAAUCGAAGCUCUGACCGCUGAGAAGGGAGCGGCUGACAUCGAGAGAGGCUACAUCCAGGAGGAGGUGGAGGUCUGGAGACUCAAGCUGGAGGAGGAGAUGGCCAUCAAAGAGGAGGCUGAGAUGAUUCUCCGUGAGUUCCGUCAGGACGUGGACAAUGCGACGCUGCAGAAGGCAGACCUGGAGAAGCGCAUCGAGCAGCUGGUCGCCGAGAUCGAGUUCCUGAAGAAGCUCCACGACGAGGAAGUCUCGGACCUCCUCAAGCAGAUCGAGGAGUCCAAGGUGACGGUGGAGCUGGACUCCGACAGACCGGAUCUGGCCGCUUACCUGCGCAACAUGCGCUCCGAGAUCGAGUCUGUGGCCGCUCGCAACGUCCAGGAGGCAGAGAAGUGGUACAAGGGCAAAUUCGACACUCUGAAGGAUCAAGCCAGCAAACACGAAGACAAGAUGAAGAGCAUGAAGGAGGAGAUCAGCAUCUUCCACAGCCAGGUGACGGAUCUGCAGAACCAGAUCGACGGGCUGCGGGCGAGGAACGGGGCGCUGGAGCAGCAGCUGGAGGACAUGGAGGAGGCACACCUGGACAAGACGACCGGUCUGGAGGACAUCAUCGUCCAGCUGGAGAGCCAGCUGUGCCAGACCAAGCUGGAGAUGGGAAAAUACAUGGCUGACUACCAGGAGCUGCUCCACAUCAAGCUGAAGCUGGACGCUGAGAUCGCCACCUACAGGAAGCUUCUGGAAGCAGAGGAGAAGCGGCUCGGGAUCUCCGUCUCCGAAGCGCUGACAGAAGAGAGGAGCGUACAGUAGACACACACAUGGCCUGAAGAUCAGCCUCCUCUGAACCA